ACUUUACACCUUACCACAAUACAAAAGCAACUCUUCACUUUCUCUCUCCUCCCACCACCGCCCACCACCAAUGCCACCGGAUAUCCUCUCCCCGCCGCCGCCACAACCACCACCAUCACCACCCUUGUAAUAAUCAAAUUCACUUAUUUCCCUCUCUGUCUACUAUCCUUUAUCAAUGGCGCCUAAACAGUCAUCGGCGACAAUGUCACGUGAUCUUCGCCACCGUGUUCUCACGUGCAUGACAAAGCUUUCCGACAGGGAUACGCUUUCCCAAGCCGUGUCGGAGCUGGACUCUAUCAUUCCUACGCUAACCUCCGACACAUUCUCUCUGUUCAUUAACUCUCUUUCCUCCACAUCUACCGCCGACCGCUCCGCCGUACGCGUCUCCUCCCUUAAACUCCUCGCUUCUCUCUCCGCCUUCCAUGGUACCUCUCUCUAUCCUCACCUGCCCAAACUCAUCUCCGCCGUCGUCCGUCGCCUCCGCGAUCCUGACUCUGCCGUCCGGUCUUCCGCCGCAACUACCACCGCUUCCUUUGCUCACCACAUCAGCCACUCUCUCUCCUCCAUUUUCCGCCCUCUCGCGGACUCACUCUCCUCGGAGCAGGACUUCUCCGCGCAAUCAGCCGCCGCGAUGUGUCUCUCCGCUGCAAUUGAAUCGUCUCCGGCGCCGGAGACAUCUCAGUUACUGAAGGUGUUGCCGAAGUGGAUGAAGCUGUUGAAAUGCGACGGAUUUAAGGCGAAAGCGUCGUUAAUUGUGUUGAUGAAGAGUGCAAUUAGGGUUUGUGAGAUUGGAAAUUGCAAUUUGUUGAGAGAUUUAGUGAAUUGUUUGAUCGAGUAUUUGAAAUCCGAGGAUUGGGCCGCUAGGAAGGCGUCUGCGGAUGCGUUGAAGGAGAUGGCGGUGGUGGAGAAGGAAAAUUUGUCGGAGAUGAAGGUUUCUUGCUUGAAGAUUAUUGAAUCUAGAAAAUUUGAUAAGGUAAAAGCAGUUAGAGAAUCAAUGAAUCAACUGUUGGAUGCUUGGAAGGAGGUUCCUGAUGUGUUUGAUGAUGGAUCACCACCUCCUCAUUCUCAAGAAUCUUCCAGAGAUAAUACCAGUGAUGGACGGUUCCCUGCACGAUCUAAAAUGUCUAGUGCAGUUGACUCUAAUAACACUCCUCAAACAGGCAGAAGCUGUUUUCCGGCUAAGAAAUCAUCCCCCUCUGAUAGUGCUUUGAAAACCACGGCCAGAAACAGAGGUGCUCCUGAUGUUACAAUUAAGAGGUCAAGCCCACAAGUUUUCAGGAAGCUUGAUUCCAAGAAGCUUUCUGCUGUGAAUGGUGAUGCUAAUGAUCUUCAUGGUUCAUCUGUUACACCGGAUUAUGGAGAAAAUUCGGUGGAAUAUGACGAAGGUGUUCAAAGAAGGGCAGAUGUCAGAUCUUCGAAGCAAGAAACUAAGCGAGGUCUUUUUAGCAAGAACACUGGUUCGCGUGUGAUGCCAUGUUCUGAGGAUGACUAUGAAGCUACUGGAACUGUCAGCAAUACUUCUGCGGAUGUUUGUAAACACCACAAAGAAUUUGAGGAUCUUUCUCUUAUCCGCAAGCAGCUUGUUCAAAUUGAAAACCAACAGUCCAGCUUGAUGGAUAUCCUUCAGAAAUUUAUUGGAAGCUCACAGGACGGUAUGCGUACUCUUGAGACACGUGUACAUGGCUUAGAAAUGGCCAUGGGUGAUAUCUCCUAUGACUUGGCCAUGUCAACUGCACGGAUGUCCUCUGCCGAAGCCACAAGGAGCUCAUGUUGCAUGCUGCCUGGUCCAGACUUUUUAAGCUCUAAGUUUUGGAGGAGACCUGAUGGCCGUUGCUCAACCUCGCGUUUUUCUUUUGGUGGCACCACUCCUUCGGUUUCAGCUAUGCGCAGUAUUACCGAUAGGAGGCCUGGCGAACCAGUUGGACAUGAGAACAGGAGGUUUAGCCUUCGAGGUCCUGGUGGAGUUAUCAUGAAUCCAUUGGCUGAUAUUCAUGGUGAUUCAAGGGGAGUACCAGAGGUAUCAAACAACAGAGUAUUGAGGAGCGUACGUAAUGUUGCUUGACUUGGUUAAUCCUCAUCUAUAGUCCAUUUGAUAUAAAAGAUGAGCAGAACAUGGAUUGGCUACUCCAGUAAGUAACUCUAGCCAACAGUUAUAUCACAUAUAUUACUGUUGAGAAUCAAGUUGAUUAAACUACUACGUCUACGUAUAAUACUUCCGUUUUCGUUGGUUUACGGAGUACUCCGUAUUACUAAAGGAAGUUACCGGCCAAGCAUAACUUACCACAGAAGCUACUUUUGGGAUACGAUUAUUAGAAUGUGUUUAUACAGAAGAUAGGUACGUUGUUCUCUAGUCGAUAUACUACUACUGUGUGUUUGUUCAUUAGUUGAUACGCAACUACUGCUGCUGAUUAUAUGGCGAAGUUUGAUUAUUGUGGUGCUGUGAUUUUUUUGUUUCAUGAUAUCACACAGCUUCAUGGGGAAAGCAUUCUAGUUUCGGGGUUGUUGUAGACUAGUAUUUUUGCUCUAAGCAAAUGUAAAUCUCAGCUGUUAUGAUGUUGAGAUAAAGCUUAGACAGAUCAUUCUUGUUCUGUAUAUAUUUGUGCAACUAUUUCUAGUGAUUAGUAAAAUUGCUGACUAUAUGAGAGUAAUGAGACUGGCUCGUUACUUCGUAUUUACGGGGUGUUCGGAAAAA